GUGAGAUUGGCCAUCAUUAAAAGAUUGUUAUUACGGCUCAUAUAACCACUUCUUUGAUGGAAAAAAUAUUCUUCAUGCAAGUGUUGUCGGACAUAUCAGGUUCUCCUGACGUACUUUUAUUGUGUCGUGACAGAUACAUGUAAUCAGCCAACUAUUCAAAUCUCCGACCUAACAUGUUUUGUGCCUAAUAUGUAGAUCGUAGAUAAUAUAGGUUUUAGUUGCCAUAAUGUCUAACUCAAUAAAUGAGUCUAACGAGUCAAAGGAUUUGAUCGAUUUUGAUUGCGAUUUUAACUGUCCUACUCAUAAGUUUUCGGAGAUACAAUUAAUGUUCGACCCCUUAAUUCCGACAUCAGACAAAAACGAAAUAAAUAGUCAUACUUUUCUCAAUCCUUUUUCCAAGCCUUCGGAUGCCUUAAAUGAAUGCAAAACUAAGCAUCAUUCGCCUUUUGAUUUGGUGUUGGAUUAUUCAUCGAAUUCGAUUGGAUCUCAGCUCGUGAAAAUAGAUGAAUUACUUCUUCCUCACACAGCGAAAGAUGCUAAUAAUGUUCCCGAACAUGAAGAUUUCUAUUUAUCUGAUGGAAAACUUAUUUCUCCAUCAGUUAUGGAUGUGAAAGAAGAUACCUUUUCAGCGAAGCCACAGGUUAGCACCAGUUCGGAUGAAGUGGAUUUGAAAGGAAAUCAACUGGAUUUGUUUUCCUUUUCUCAAACUGUUACUCCGUGGUGUCUUCGUAAGGGUGAUAAAAAUAAUCCUAAUUCUGCAACGAUUAAUCAAGAAGGAUUGUCUUCAACAAUACAACUGACUCAUUUUGUUGCUAACAGUCAACCUACAGAUGAAUUAAAACUAUUUGUUAGUUUUGUUGAAAGCCUGCGAAGGCAAAAGUAUGAUCAGCCAAAACCGUCUACAUUGAUCAAUGAUCUUGAUUGUGAUUCUGAACAAAAUGAAAAUAAUCCCGUAACUGUGUAUUCACCCCCAGACACUUGGGUAUAUGAUUAUGUCUAUAAUGAUUCUGUUGCAAAUGUUAUGUUGAAAAAUUCUCACACAAGCAUUAAUUUACUUUCGUUAACUUCUAACUCAGCUGGAUAUCAACAGUUGAAUCCGUUAUGGAAGGCGGAAACUGCUACUUCUAAUGUAUCAUAUAUAUAUCCUAGAUGUAAAGAAUAUUUCACUUCUCAACAUAACACUCCUGCUCAUUGGACUAAUACACCACGUUGGUGUAUUCCUCAAUUAGAAGUACGCAUUACUGCUCAUUUAAAUACUAGAAAAAAGUCAUAUCAAAGUUACACUACAAACAAUUCAAAUUACUCAGUCAAUUCAGAAACUACGAAUAAUUCUCCAGUCAACCCUCGGUUACGUUUAGUUUGUGAUCCUACAUCUACAUUGGUCAAUGAACUUAUGUUGGAAGCACUUGCUAAUGAUUUAAUUCCACAAGAAAUUGUUCUCGAUGUCAAUCAGUUUCAAUUACGUCUUCAAGGAAGAGCUGAAUUAUUACGUCCAGAUGCUCGUUUAUGUGAGUGUUAUCAGGUUCAGCUCUGCCAUCGAUUGGAUCAACCAUUGAGACUAAUUUUAGAACCAAAAGACGUUGAUCAACCAUAUAUGAAAAAAACUGUCAGUAAUAAUGAACAAUUCGUUCCUCAGAUUUUUUUCACAAAUAAUCGACCAAUACCUACUGAAGAAGAUAUAUUCAUCAGUUAUAGUGUAUUUCAAAAUGCGUUGGAAAAGUUUCGAUCAUGUAUUGUGGAAAAUUAUGCACAAGUGGAUAGUGAAUCAUGGUUAAAAGAAGUUCACUGUGCCAGUUCAAGUUUAUGUCAGUCAGUAAAAGCUGUCUUAGCAGCUGUCUGUUAUGGUAUUGCUUUUUCUGACGUUAUCAAUGCAUUAGGAAACAUACAAGUGUGUAUAAUGGAUAUUGUAUAUGAUAUUGGUUUAAAUCAUAAAGUAACCGGUUUCAAACGUCACGAUAAUAAAAACUUUAGCAGCCUUCGUAGUGAUAGUCAACAGAAUACUACACAGGAAAAUUGGUUUUCAUCAUCCUGUAAGCGAAAACAGACUAGGACUUCUCCAACACCUGUAUCCAACCUUCAAUCCACUCUUAAAAAUACAAGCAAAACACUUGUCAAUUUAAAACAUGGUAUAAAGUUGCAAUCAAGAAAGAAGCUACAUAAUUUGAUUUUAUCGUUGACUAAAAAUCUUCUUUGUCAACUAAGUGCAUUUUUUAUAUGGCGUCAUGUUAAUAUCUCAGUAAAUCCUCAAUUAAUUGAGAAUGAUAAUUUUUUAUCCAAUGGUGUAUCAAAUGAAUCAUUUAGUUAUUUGACUAAUAAACAGCUUUAUCAUACCAAAAGUGGACGACCUAAAGCUAUGCUCAUAGCGGAUGAUGCUGAUGGGGAAUUUCUCAAUGACCGUCAACAGUCUGAACAGAAAAGAGAAGUGAAAAGUUCCAUCAAUUGUUUAGAUGCUAUAGUCGUCGGGCUUAUCGCUAUACACAAUCCUCCACCACGUAAAACAACUGGAACCUGUAAUUCAAAUGUAAUUAUUAACAAUACAACUGUUAAUUCAUCUUUGUCUAGUUCAUCGUCUCCUAGUCAAACCAAUCCUAAUACAUCUUCAACAAGAACAGAUGGAUAUUAUUGUGUACGCCUUGGUUUAGUGUACGCUGGACGACCACUAGGCAAGGUAUAUCCCAGUUCAUUGACUACUCAUCAUGAUAAUAUAAAUGACAAUCAUCAUAAAUCAUCGCCUUAUAAAAAUCACACGAAAGAAAUCUCUUGGACUAGCAAUCACUUAUCACGUGACAAUAAAAAGAAUUGCUUUAGAGAUUAUUUCAUCAGUGAUCCUGGUCGUUAUCAGACAAUUCAGUCCGGUUUUCCUAAAGUUUUACAAUUUGACCAGUGGUUCAAAUUUCCAAGUUUCACGAUUAGUCAACUUCCACGAGAAGCAAUGUUGGCUAUUAGUUUAUUUUGGUGUAAGAAAUUGAGUACGGACAAUUCUGAUGUUGACGGAACGUUAAUCGGUUGGGUAAAUGUACCUUUAUUCGAUAUAAAUGGUCGAUUAAAACAAAACACAAUGAUUGUUGGUCUUUGGCCGCCAUCUGAAUUAAUGCAUGAAUAUCGGCCUACAUGGUCCCAAUCAAAUAAUUCACCAGGAUGUCCAGUUGUACAGCUUUGUUUUCCUGAAUAUCAAUAUGAAAUUGAAUUUCCUGUCAUUAUCCAAUCAGAAAGUGAAUUAGAGAAUUUUAGUGAGAUACGAGUUUCAUCUUUUCAAUCACUUUGUUCCGAUGCAAAACAGUCGAUUAAUGAAGCUAAAUCUGCUAUAUUCAUGCAAAUAUUAAAUCCAGAAUUAUCAUUUAAAUCUCUUGAUGGAUGUUUAAUGGCUUAUAGUGUAGCAUCAUCAUCAGUGCAUCGAUCUAAACAACAAGAACAUGUUCCAAUCCCUGUUUUACAAUUAGCUGUACUCAAUUCUAUGAAUUCAUCUUUUAAUCAGUACAAUGGAAAUGUGAUUGGCAAUGGUAGUUGUAAUAAUGGUAUCAGUGGUAGUGGUAGUGGAUCAAGUGGUCAUAUUGGGAACAACUCUACUUCUAGUAAUAAUAAUAAUAAUAACAAUCAUAAUAAUAACACUAAUAGUUGUAAUAGUAGUAAUAAUAGUACUAGUAAUAAUUUAACAACAUGUAGUAUCAAUUCAGUCUCUUGUUAUCUACCAUGUCCACCUGCAAUCGCUAUUGAAGUUUUAUGGAAUCUACGUUAUUCUAUAUGUGAUGUACCUGAUGCUAUGAUCGCAUUUGUUAUCAGUUGUCUGGUUAGUUGGCCACAAACAACAAGACAAAAUUUAAAAAGUGAUACGGAUAAAUGGUGUUGGCAAAAAUUACUGAAAGAAGUAUACGGUCUUUUAGCAGUCACUCCAGUGCCUUAUCCUGGUCUCAUUCUACGUCUACUUUCAUCGGAUGUUGCAGACCAAGGUAUACGUCAUUGGGCUACUAGAGCAUUAUCAUUACUGUCAUCAGAUAAUCUUCUUUUAUAUCUUCCUCAAAUAAUUGAGGCUGUAAAUCAUGAUUUAUACCUUGAUUAUUCUGGUUUAGUAAGUUUACUCUUAUAUAGAGCUGCAUUUUCAAUGCGAUUCGCCAAUUCUUUAUAUUGGUAUCUUUAUCCAAUGUUACAUCAUCCUCAAUCAAUAUCUGAAUGGAAAUUACAACGUUUUCGUUUUAUUCAAGCCGCUCUAUAUUGGAAUGCAGAUUCUAGACUACAUGUUAUGUGGAAACGUCAAGAAGAAAUGAUUAAUCACUUGUCUGUAACUGCAACAAAAGUUAAACAGGCUCGACCAAACGCUUCAGUUCGUGAAAACAUUCUUUAUACGCAUUUAAAACGGUUUAUGUCUGAACUUCCUAAACACUACCAUGAUAUAUCGUCAUCAUCAUCACACAUUGAAACAAUGGAUAAAAACUCUUCAAUGUUACGAUCGAAUUCUUGGGCAGAUGAUCAGUUGAUCAGCGAUUUCUCCAAACUGGAUUCAGAAUGGUCAAAAAACAAAUCUGUCGAUAAUAUUCAAAGUGAAUAUCAACUAUCUCAAUAUGAUCUUGGUUUGCGAAUGCCAUAUAACCCUGGACUAUUAACUCAUAGACUUGACAUUACUGCUUGUUCUUACUUUACAUCAUUCACUUGCCCAUUGAGACUUGUAUUUCAUUCAUUGGAUGCCGGUACUGAACCAUUCAUGGUUAUGUUCAAGGUCGGUGAUGAUUUACGCCUGGAUAGUUUAAUCUGUCAGCUGACUUUUCUUAUGGAUCGAAUAUGGUUAGACGCUGGAUUAGAUUUACGCAUGAUUCAUUUUCGUAUUCUGCCAACUGAAGAACAAAAAGGUUUUAUUGAAUUGGUUUCAGAAUGUAGUACACUUCGACAAAUUCAACAACAGGGUGGUGGUUUAACUGGACCUUUCAAAGAAGGUGUUAUCACAAAAUGGUUGCAAUCACAAAAUAUCACUGAAUUGGAUUAUAAACGAGCUUUAGAUAAUUUCCUACGUUCAUUAGCUGGAUGCUGUGUAGCAACGUAUAUACUUGGUGUAGGUGAUCGACAUAAUGACAAUAUUAUGAUACGUUAUUCUGGCCAUGUAUUCCAUGUUGAUUUUUCUAAAGUAUUUGGAAAUAGCCAAACAUUUGCUGGUAUUAAAAGAGAUCGUGUACCUUUCGUGUUGACGCAAGAUAUGUUACACGUGUUAAAUACCUAUUCUAAAGAUGUAACAAAUGAUGUAAAUAAUUCAUCAGGAUUCGGUUAUACACCAGGUCAUGGUUCCAGUCAUUCACAACAAGGUGUACAAAUCUUUAUAGACAGAUGUUGUGAAGCUUAUAAUUUACUAAGACAUCGUUCAUAUCAACUGGUUUCAUUGCUUGAAUUAAGUUUAUCAAUGAAUAUACCAGGUUUGAACCGUGACUGUAUUCGAUUUGUUUUAAGAGCAUUACGAUUAGAAUUAAAUGAUCAAGAAGCGAGUCAAUAUUUUACUGAAUUAGUUCGUAAGACCUUACACUCAAAAUCUUCUAGUCUGAAUUUUUUUGUACACGGAUUAGCUCAAGUUAAACAAGCUUCUCAUGGUGGAGGUGUUUCUGGCACAAAUACAAAUGCAUCUGACAAAAGUUCCCCUCCAAUAAUAAACAGUCAAUUUGAUAAUCAUUGGAAUACAUAUAAUAAUAUGAAUAGUAACAAUAAUAAAAAAAUUAACAACAAUAAUUCAAACAUUGGUGGAAAAUCGAUUGAUGAUUCAAAGACUCGAUCCCCUCCGACUAUCAGUAAUUCCCUUUCAAAUUACACUGGAACUGGACAAAUAUUUAGUUUUAAUCCGAAACGCUUCACGAAUGAUUCAGAUGGAACUAUUGAUGCAAUCGUGGUGGAAACUGCGGUGAAAAAGAAAACCGGUGAUAAACAUUCCGAUUACUACUUCCCAAUGAACGUUUGGCGGGAAAAUUGUCGAGUUCCAACUAGAGUUUACCGUCGUGUUUCAGAUUUAGAAGAAUUAGAAACGCGAUUACAAGAGCGUUUUCCGAAUUCAGUUGUUACUAAAACUGUGUCACAUAUCAUGAAUGCUUUAAAUUCAAUGAGUGUUAGUUCUACACGAUCCCAAGAUCAUGUGCAAUCUUUAACAGACAGCUUACUUUCAGAUGAUGAUACUGUGUCCAAAAGUGCAAUCGUAUAUACUUUCUUUCACAGUGUACUGUUCGAUGAAAGAUUUACUGCUGAAGACAUGCCAUCACAAGCUGUUUAAUUAACUUCUUCGUGGCUGACAACAUCGACUUCAUCAUCACUAAUCAAGUGUUGGUCAUCUUCAUCACCAUUACAAGAUUAUUUACCUGAAAAAUCUAAAGAAUAUACAACUCCUUUACUCAUUCCAUCAUUAUCUUCAUCAUCAUUAUCAUCGUUUCAUUUGUUUCAUAAUAAUUCUGAUGAUUUAUUAACAUCAAAAUAUAAAGUAGACUAUUUGCCAGCUGUACAUAUUCAGUUAUAUUUAAGUGAGAACUCCAGACGUUUAGAUGUUUUAAUCAAGCAUGCCAGAUGUUUAGUAAGCUUGUCUUGUACAAUUUUUAUGGUAUUUACUUUCAUUAAUCACUUUCUAGCCUGUUGUCACUGUUAUCGGUGUUCUGAUUUAACCUAUUAUUUCGGCUUGCUAAACUCAAUUAUAUGUGCGUGGAACAGGCAUAUGAUUGUCUUUUUUUGAUGAAUUCAUUUCCACCCUUAUAUUAAUGAUGUUAUGAAUAGAAAUGGAUGAUUGUUUUUUUCGCCUAUCCAUUUUUCUGGUUAUUCUUCUUGUCUAAAACAGUUUUUCCUCUUCUUAGUUUGCAUGUUUACUAAAGGUGUUUACCAGAAUAAGCUUGUGUCAUACUGUCUGAUCAAUGCUUAAUGCUAAUUGACCUCUGUCUAUGAGAUUGCAACAUAGCAUCUAGUCUAAAUAACUUGACAUUAUGAAACAUACUUGUUUUGUUGUUUAAUGAUACGAAAUCUGAGGUAUGGACUGAAUGAUUUACAUAUACUUAAUGCUACAGCUUACUAACAAGCAUUGCACCUAGGUCUAUAGCCUCCUGCCUGUUUCUUUUAAGGUGUACUUCGAAGAGAAAAUAAGUGACAAGUAGUUUAUGAUGAGAUUAUUCAUUCUCAUUAGUGUACAGUGAUACUGUGGUGUGUGUUAUUUAUAUCCACAUAAGUAUUAUGCAGCGGCGGUCGGGCAUUGAAUGUAUUUCAGUCGAAGAUCGAUAACGAAAGAACGGGAAAGAAAUGCAAUUGGUGUGAAAAUGCGUGUACAAUAAUAAUCGGAGACAAUGGACUGAUAUUUGCAUAAGGAACGUUCAAGAUUGAAACAAUUGAUUGAUAGUUUGCAAAUUAACUGUUUACUUUAUGGUUGUUAUAUUUUACUGAGAUAUUCUGUAAUUUUGUGCCUAAAUACACCCGAUUGUCCCCACUUGUGUUCUUGUUCACUACAAUACUUAUUUCUGUUAAUGUUACUUUUGGUCUGUACACCCGUCUUUCUUCCACAUGCCAUGCUUAAAAAGGGUUUUCAAAGAUGUUUUUUCAGAAACGUGUAGCAAAUCAAUAUUCUUUGACAACAUCAAAUAUCAUCUGUGAUGUUUAAUGACUUAUCAAUAUAGAAAUUAAUCAUCCUCAAAUACGUAACUUAUACUUCAGUAUAUGUCCAUGAGAAUUUCAUUUUUUUCAGCUAGUUGAAUGAUUCUAAUUAUGAUGAGUACUAGACAUUCGGGAAUUGUCUAAGAAACUCUUAACUUACAAGGCCUAAAUUCUGCUUAUCCUUUUAUAGUUGCGCAACCUGUUUUUAACCUUCUACAUAAAGCAAUAUAAACCAUAAUAUAAUAGAUUGUUUCAUUGUCGUAGGCAUGCACAAUAGGAUUAUUUUCGCUGUCACAAGAGAGAUUCGAAGCUAAUAUGCUGUAUGUUUUAAGUAAAUGUAUUUCAAGCUGAAAAAAAGAUGGUAACUGUUAUGAAAUCAUAACUUGUAAUAAAUAUUCAAUCAUCCUUUUUCUAUUCUGUUUCCCAUAAUAUGUAUAAGACAUUGAAAUUUCAAAAAACUCAAUAAAGAGUUAUUUUGCCAUAAUGAUAUUCUUGUGUUCUACUGGUAAGCCCUCAGCAUGGAGACUGAAUGCAUAAGUCAACGUUAUCAAAGAUGUAAGCUUAUCUUUAUUAUCGAUCAGUUAAUAAAACUAUCUUCAACUAUGCUAACUCAUUACAUUACAGUAGACUGAAUAUAACUUUUUAACCUCACCUAACAAACUCAAUACAUUCAUCCGUAAAAUAAAAAUGAAAGGGUUUACACAGUGGUUGAUCGUUUAUUACUCACUCACUUUUGAUAAAUGAUGACACCUGAAAUUGAAUUAACUGAUAGUGGGAAUACAUUUUUCAUUAAAUCACAUGAUAGAAACUUUUUUCAUAGACAAGACCAUGCAUUGUGUUGCUUAUUUUUAUAAAUAGGCAAAAUUGAAAUAUUUCAACUCUUUUAUUCACCUAUGAAGUAAUAUGACUGGAAUAAUUGACAGAUUUCUCAAUUUUUUAUUCUUUUACUGAAAAAAACUGGAUUAAUUUAUACAAAGAUUGAUCUGUUCGGAAACAUUAGGCAAUAUCAUAUGACAUUGAUGUUAGGAUAGCUUAUUUAUCGACCGGAUUCAACUGUAAUAUACUAGGUGAAUUAAGAUGCGUUCAUCAAAUUAUGUUCUGUUGUGACUGUUUGUUUAUACUGGAGCCAAAUUCAGAUGCACGUUUUGUUGAAACGUCUCUGGAUUGCAUUGAUCAAUAUUUACCCCAACCAAUUGAUCAUAUUGCUGUGUAUUGUGCCAUAAGGUAAUAUCUAGUCGAAUGUGAGAAAUAAUAUAUAUCUAUGCAUACAUUCUAUUGUAGGUCAGUUUCAAUUUUGAUCUUUAAAUCUUUUUUUAAAUAUUUUAGUACAUUCCCGGAUCGAAUGAGCCACCAGAUGUGUACAUAAAAGUUUAUUUACUUUCUGGUCGACGUCGUAAAGCAACUAAACAUAAAACAAACAUUGUUCGACGAUCUAGCUUUCCAUCAUUCAAUAUCACAGUAAAUCGUACUCAUGUCUUUCAUUUUUCAAGAGUUUGUUUUCUCUUUUUUGUAGUAUUUUCAUAAUGUUUAGAGUGCAAAGAUUAUUUGAACAUUGCCUUUGUUUAAUACUUUUUUGAUAAUAUUUAUUGAACCGAUAGUUUCAUCUUAUCUGUGCAUUUGUAUAAGCAGUUUUCUUUUAAACCAAAUAGGCUCUUGUCGAUAUGUUCUACUCGCCUUCAUUGUUGAAUAGAUUUUGGUAGGUCUCUAUGCCAGAUGCUGUCUUUCCCCGUGCUUAAAGCUGGUACAUGUUAGAAAUAAAUAGUUGUCUCAGCUUGGUUGAAAUAUAUAUUCACCGUUGUCUGUUGGUUGAGCUGAAACACUAUAAGACUCACUUAAGUGUCUUUUAGCUUAGUUUAGAUUGACUACUAAAGCUUUUUGAAGAAGGCCUGAAUGCUUUCUGUAAAACUCAUCUGCUUUUGUUUAUAAAGACUACGGUCAAUGGGAAUAUAGGCAGUGCAAUACGAGAGCCUAUUGUGGUUGUGAAUCUAAUCCUAUGUUUGUAUCAGUGUGAACACAAGAAGUAGAAAUCUAGUCCUCAGAUAUACAGAGGAUUAUUCGGUCUUAACAUUGGCUAGGUGAGGUCGAAGGAAUAACCACAAUCGGACCAUAUGGGAUUCAGAGAAGUAGAAUGUCGACCUUAACAGAUGCUGAAGUUCUAUCUAAUAAUGCCUGUUUUCUGACUGGCCCGGAUUUUGGAAGCUUCUGCGUGUUUAGGUAUUAGUUUCAAAUUAUCAGGGAUAACAUUUUCUAAACUAAACCCCUUAGGAUUGUGGUACCUGAGAAUAAAGAUUGUCGAAAGAAAAGAGUUUGUAAUAAGGAUUGAAUAAGCCAGCGAAGAAAAUUCCCCUUUCGAUAAAAUCGUUUACUCAAGCUGUACAUUCGUAUUUAUAGUUGUAUGGUAAAUAUAUUUCUAUAGAAGGAUAGAAAAGACUGCAUCAUAAAUUGAUUCGAUAGUCUUAUUAUCAAAUGAAUGUACGCAAUAAUCAAGGGGUAAGUUAAGAAUAUAUGAAUGGGAUUAAUUCACGGGUCAGAAUUAUGAAAGAUAAUUGUCCGCUUGACAGAUAUGGAGGGUAAUAAUAACUGAUUACGGUUUAAAAUUACGAAACACUAAUUUUAAAAAUCAAUAAUAAUAAUAAUAAUAAACCAGAGCAUACCAUAAAAGGAAAUUAGGGACAAGGAAGGAUGAGAAGUUGGAAGUUUUUGCACACAGCGUUCGAGCUUGAGUUACUUUUCUUCACUAAAUUUUCUUUAUUUUUAUUCAAUGACAAUGGGUUAUUUUAAUUAUUUGACUGAACAAGUAUUAAAGAGUAAAGAUGUAAUUUAACCGUGAGUAGUGUGAUUUUGGGCUAUGUUAGCUAUUGGUAAGCAGAGAUGGAUAGUGGC